AUGCUGAAUAAAACAAUUGGAGGAGGCUCGGCUUCAAAACAACGCAGUCGGGUCGACCUUCGAGAAGAUGGGGCUCAUAGUACAAGAAAUUCACUACAGUCACAGAAGAAGAUGAAUUAUCAUCCUCAAGAAUUUGACAGAUACACUUCUCUUUCCAAAAUUGGAAGUCAUAAAAUUGACUUCACUAGGAUCUCCACAAUGCUUGAUGAAUACAACAAAAAGAAAGCUCGAAGGAGAAGAAAGAGCGGUAUGGGACUUUACUCUGAAAAUUCUAAGAAGAACUACAAAAGCAAAAAGAAGCUGGUGAAGAAGAACUCAGUCCAGGCACCAAAGUUGACAGAGAAACAGAAAUAAAUUUAAUUAUUACUAUAAGCCUUAUAAGUGUGAAGAAGAGCUACAAGAGGCUCAUAUGAAGUUUGGAGACCCAAUCAACAACAAAUUUGUGAAUAAGAAGGCUCUUAACAAAACUCUGGACUUCUUAGUAGAGAAAUUUAACUGGGAUCCCAUCUCUACACUUAUUUUGAGGACUCGUUAUAAGAAAUUUUCUAAAAUUUUAUCCAAGAUCAACCAUAAUUAUGUGGAAAAUAGCAGAAAGUUAUUAGAAAUGUAUCCUCAAGAGACAGGUAGAAUUAUAGUCAACAAGGAAAGGAUUUUAGAAGGUGAGGGUAGCCUCUCAAAUGUAUUCAUGAACGCCAAAGAAACUAUUGAUACAUCUGUUAAAUAAAAUGUUUUUGGGGAAAAUUUUAAAAACCCAAAAUAGGAUUGAUAAUGCAGCCCGGAAAUCUAAUGCUUUCAGUAUGAAGACUACUGAAAGAGCAGCUAGUGUAGUUAACAAAACCCAAGACAUAAAUAUCACUUUUAACGAUGUAAAAAUUUCGAAAUUUCAUAACAAGAGGAAAUCAGGAAGGAAAGUUAAAACCUCGAUGACUAGAAGAGUGAGGGGAAGAACUUGAUCAAAAUUUAAAAGUUCUAAGAACAAGUUGAAAAAUGUUUUGGAAAAAUCUAGUUUUGGAACGGACUAUUCAAUGAGCAUGUCUUCUAAAUACUCUUUUGAUUCAGAAAUGUUAGUGACAGCCUUUGACAAUUAUUCUAAAACCCAGAAACAUAAGUUUGUACCUAGGACAACUAUUCAAGCUAUUAAUGCACGUGAGAAGUCAUAUUUGUUACGUGAAAAGAAGCUGGAAAAGCCUACACAUUCAAGAAAGAGCAAAUCAUUUGACUUUAAAUUUAACAAUAAGAUUGCUCAGACGAGGAAGAUACAUUUGAAAUCAAGAAUAAUGAAUCGUAGGAGAACUCCUGAAAAUCUGCAUAGCAAGAAGAAGACUCCAUAUUCUAACAACAGUAUCUUGGAGAUGCCCUCAAUCAAUGUAAAUCUUACCAAUAAUAGGUUUGGCAAAGGAAAUUUGACGCUUAAUGGCUCUAGUAAGAGCCAAGAAAAGAAAAUCUUAGAGGGUUCCCUUCCAUCUAAAACUCAUAAAUUGGUCAACAUAUACUCUUUUGACAACAGGCCAGUCACUGAGGCUCAUAAAGGCAAUAAGAGGAAAGGGAAUAGAACAAAACUUUACCACCUGAAGCAGCACAAGAUUGAGGAAGAAAUAAAAGGCAUGGUAGAUCCUAACGUUUACAACAAUUCAAAGUACGUCAUUGCUUCAAGUACAAGGCUCAGACCAAUAAAAUAAG